UUUUCGGAAAUCACUUUUGUAGGCAUGUUGUUUUACUGAUCUAAAUUGAAAGUAGCGUUGCAUUAACCGAAAAUAAGGUAUAUAUAGCAAGCAAGAUCGAAAGGAUUCCAUAUUUGUUCUUCAGUUUACAAUAGACUUUGAGAUGCAGAUUUUUGUGAAGACAUUGACUGGUAAAACGAUCACUUUGGAAGUCGAACCGAGUGACACUAUUGAGAAUGUGAAGGCUAAGAUCCAAGAUAAAGAAGGAAUUCCACCCGAUCAACAGCGUCUGAUCUUUGCUGGGAAGCAGCUGGAAGACGGUCGUACAUUGUCUGAUUACAAUAUCCAGAAAGAGUCCACCCUUCACUUGGUGUUGCGUCUUCGUGGUGGUAUGCAGAUUUUUGUGAAGACAUUGACUGGUAAAACGAUCACUUUGGAAGUCGAACCGAGUGACACUAUUGAGAAUGUGAAGGCUAAGAUCCAAGAUAAAGAAGGAAUUCCACCCGAUCAACAGCGUCUGAUCUUUGCUGGGAAGCAGCUGGAAGACGGUCGUACAUUGUCUGAUUACAAUAUCCAGAAAGAGUCCACCCUUCACUUGGUGUUGCGUCUUCGUGGUGGUAUGCAGAUUUUUGUGAAGACAUUGACUGGUAAAACGAUCACUUUGGAAGUCGAACCGAGUGACACUAUUGAGAAUGUGAAGGCUAAGAUCCAAGAUAAAGAAGGAAUUCCACCCGAUCAACAGCGUCUGAUCUUUGCUGGGAAGCAGCUGGAAGACGGUCGUACAUUGUCUGAUUACAAUAUCCAGAAAGAGUCCACCCUUCACUUGGUGUUGCGUCUUCGUGGUGGUAUGCAGAUUUUUGUGAAGACAUUGACUGGUAAAACGAUCACUUUGGAAGUCGAACCGAGUGACACUAUUGAGAAUGUGAAGGCUAAGAUCCAAGAUAAAGAAGGAAUUCCACCCGAUCAACAGCGUCUGAUCUUUGCUGGGAAGCAGCUGGAAGACGGUCGUACAUUGUCUGAUUACAAUAUCCAGAAAGAGUCCACCCUUCACUUGGUGUUGCGUCUUCGUGGUGGUAUGCAGAUUUUUGUGAAGACAUUGACUGGUAAAACGAUCACUUUGGAAGUCGAACCGAGUGACACUAUUGAGAAUGUGAAGGCUAAGAUCCAAGAUAAAGAAGGAAUUCCACCCGAUCAACAGCGUCUGAUCUUUGCUGGGAAGCAGCUGGAAGACGGUCGUACAUUGUCUGAUUACAAUAUCCAGAAAGAGUCCACCCUUCACUUGGUGUUGCGUCUUCGUGGUGGUAUGCAGAUUUUUGUGAAGACAUUGACUGGUAAAACGAUCACUUUGGAAGUCGAACCGAGUGACACUAUUGAGAAUGUGAAGGCUAAGAUCCAAGAUAAAGAAGGAAUUCCACCCGAUCAACAGCGUCUGAUCUUUGCUGGGAAGCAGCUGGAAGACGGUCGUACAUUGUCUGAUUACAAUAUCCAGAAAGAGUCCACCCUUCACUUGGUGUUGCGUCUUCGUGGUGGUAUGCAGAUUUUUGUGAAGACAUUGACUGGUAAAACGAUCACUUUGGAAGUCGAACCGAGUGACACUAUUGAGAAUGUGAAGGCUAAGAUCCAAGAUAAAGAAGGAAUUCCACCCGAUCAACAGCGUCUGAUCUUUGCUGGGAAGCAGCUGGAAGACGGUCGUACAUUGUCUGAUUACAAUAUCCAGAAAGAGUCCACUCUUCACUUGGUGUUACGUCUUCGUGGAGGUUAAUUUUAUUUCAGUUCAUUUACCUUAAUAAACUUUUAAUUUAACUUAGUUCUCU